ACAGGCCCGGUUGGCGAGUUAGUGGGCUUAUUUGCUUCAUUUUUAAUUUAGGGUUUUAAUGCUAUUUUGGGGUAAAUUUGAGAGCUUAAGAAGGGUUUCUGCCAUGAAAAUGGUGGGUUGUUGAAAACAGGAGGAUAGGAAAUGAUGCAUUGGAAAACUCAAACAAAAGAGUACUAAUUACUAAAGGUUACUUGAAUUUUUUUUGGUGACUUUCUGAUUUGCCAUGAUCCAAUUUUACAGUGAGCAUGUAAUGCAGAAUGCAAACUUUUCUGUACUAUCAUUCACAGUAAAUAAAUGACAUUAACAAUUCAGUGACGAAAUUAAUGGCGUUAGGAGCUGAACUAGAUGGCCCCAUUAAAUAUGAGAUCUAUGGAAAGGUCGCAGCCGUGCGAUGUGUUGAUGGCCAUAUCAUAGGCCUAUAUGAACCUGCGUGAGUCAGUUGUGGAGAUGAGUUCCUUAAGCAAAAUUGAGCAAGGUAUCCCACAAUCAUUGAGGAGAGACAAGAAACCUUCAAUUAUUUAGAGUCUUCUGCAUCUCCUAAAAGUGAUAGAAAAUUUGGAGCGUUGAGGUAGUGAAGCUGCUCUCUUUUGCCUGCUAUUUGCCUUCGUGAUAAAACAUGAAUUCAGUUUUCAACGUUUUUGAUUUUAUGCUUGAUUGAUUGAUUGAUUGAGAAAUAUUUGCUAGAUAAUGUAAGACAUAAAUAAUGAAUUUGCCAUUCAGUGUGGAAACUACUGCAGCACCAUUCUUUGCUAGCCAAUUGAAAUUUAACACCAAAAAGUAAAACGUGGCUCAAGCAGUCAUUUAAAUGCAGAGUUGGUGUAAGGGUCUUAUCGACUAUAUGGGUGCUGAAUAUCGUCCUUGGCUUCCGUGAAUGGUGCUUCUGUCUUGAAUCUGGAUGCCACAUCCUUAGCUUAUCUCUCCUUCAUUUACCUGCUGAACCUGAAGACGGAGAUACAUAUUUGCUAGAAAACAGGUCUUGGUUCAAUCUCCUGAACUGAAACCUGGGAUCUUGAUGCAGUCUCAACAUUAAAGAUAUUAAGUUUCUGUGCUGCAGUCCCAGAUCUUGUUUUUCCAUUUGGUUUAAGCGACCUUAUUGGUGUGGUAUAAAGAAUGACAGAAAGAAGUGCAUCGAGAAGUGCACCGAGAAGUGCGGGGGGUUGGCAUUUGAAACACUGUAAUUGUAUAAUUGAAUUGUCUGGAUUCUGGACCACUUAACCUGCUAAUACGUACCUAGUACAUGAAAUUGAAGGGUUGAAAUUCAAACCAAGUGCCCUUUUUAAAUUCUUGUUU